AUGAAAUUCUCUCAAACACAGCAACAACCAGACGUUGUGAUUGCAGUCAUCCUUGCUUUUCUCCUUCUUUCCUCCUUCUGUUUGUGUGCACAGUUUGAUUCCAAAGUCUCAGGAGGUACCUCAGCCACUGAUAAUGAAUUUCCACACAUGGUCAGCAUUCAAUACUUUUCAAGUCCAACCGCCACAGGAAUUCACUAUUGUGGGGGAACUUUGAUUUCUCCCAAACAUGUCGUUACAGCCAGUCAUUGUGAAAUUGGUCUCACGAUGGAUAAGAUUCGAAUUGUGAUGGGUUCCUCCAGCAAUGUGUGUUCCUCAAAUCUUGCAGCUUCCCAGAAAUGCAUCAUGAGAGGUGUCACCCGUUUCACUAAACAUCCCAACUAUGAUUCGAGUACCAUCAAGAAUGAUAUUGCAAUCAUUGAAUUGGAUCAACCCGUUCCUUUGGAUGGAUGGCGAGUCACGUCAGCUGUCGUCGAAGGAUCUACCAUUCCAACCAAUACACAGGUGUAUAUUGCAGGUUGGGGAAGAACCACUUCUUCCUCGAGUGUGACCAAUUUACAAAAAGCUCAAGUUCCAGUCUCACCUGCAUCGGUGUGUAAUGCCAAGAAUUUGGGAAUGACCACUCCGCAACAAAUUUGUGGUGGAAAUGGAAAUGGAAUUGACACUUGUGGAGGAGAUUCUGGUGGACCAUUGUUUAGAAAAGUAGUUCCACAAAGUGGAUUACCAAUUUUCGUGUUGGCUGGUGUGGUGAGUUAUGGACCUCCUGGAUGUGGUGGAUCAAAUGUGGGUGUUUAUACCAAUGCCACUCAUUAUUUGGAUUUCAUUAGAAGUCAAGUGUCUACUGGAACUCAAUAUACUGUUGCAACACUUGCUUAUGGAGCUCAACAGCCUUCUCAACCAACUCCUCAACCAUCUCCAACACCAGUCACACCACAGCCAACUCCAAAACCUUCCCAACAAUCAUGCAAGUGCAAAUGCUAUUGUAAGAAAUUACAAGCUUUGAGAGAAGGAAAAUUGAGAGGAAAUUUAUGGAUGACAUCUUCCUCUGCUUCAUCAAAACCACAACAGGAUGAAAACAAAGCAGUAGAAGUGCAAACAGAGUGUAGUACCAAUUCCAAGUGUGAAACACAUGCUUUGAAUUCUUCUGCAUCUCAAGUUGGAACCAAAGUGGCAUUGAUUUUCUCAUUGUUAGCGAUUGCUUUUGUUUUUUGGUAA